GUCGAAACUAAAUAGAAUUCUCAGUUGCGAUUGGCUCCCUAUCCAAGUGUCAAAUAAUCAAUACUCUGUCCGGCUAUCACGUUCCCGUGCAAACUGGGAUUCACAGCCACACAAAGAACGAACAUGACCCCAUUCAUACCAACGUCGCUAUACGAAGUUUUUAUGAGAGGUCUUCUCAAGCUUCAAAGUAGUCGGGCUCGUAAGAGAUAAUACUACCAUUACCAUGCCAAGCUUCUAGGAGUAGCACGGGAGGCAGCCCCCAGCGGAGACAUGUUUGACUCAACAUGAUAGUGCUCAGUCCCUAGGACCAAGAGAGGCAAAGAUGCGAGCAGAUGUAAAAUAUGCAAAAUAUUCAUUAACUAAAAUGUCUAUAAGAAGACUGCUCUGCGCUGAAGGAUAAUGGCUUUUCAUCAUCGCACAUCAGUUCACCACCAACUUCUCAUACCUCUUCCGUUCUCUCAUACUAAUUUCUUCCUGCCGGUCAGGUAUCUUAACCAUAUAUAUAUCCCUUUUCAAAUACUUGACGAUGCCUUCAUUCAAAGCCCUCGUUACUCUCUGCAUCAUGGCCGCUGCCCAGCUAGCUGCUGGCCAUGCAGUCAUCACCGAAGCUACCGGUGACGCUGGUGGAACCGGAAUGGCUCUAGGUGUCGACACUUCAACUCCCCGAGACGGAACCAGACGAAGGCCAUUCCAGCAGGACAGCACUCGCUUCCGGGGCGACCAAGCCGACACUGUUGGCGAGACUAUCGGCGCUGGCAACAAUGACAUCGAGCAGGGAACCCAGGCCAUCAUGGAGGAGACUGGCGACCAGCUUCCUCAAGUCACUGCCGGCGGCCAGCUCAAGAUGACCCUUCAUCAAGUUAAUGCCGACGGUGCCGGUCCUUUCCAGUGCAUGAUCAACGACGACGGCACGGGAGAGGACUGGGAAGACAUCGAAGUCACGCAAUCUCCCCCGGGCGACGAUUCGCGAGACCGUGAUGGCAACGAGACGGAUUUCCCUCUAGUCGCGGCUAUUCCCCAGGAUCAGGAGUGCACCGGGACUGUCGCCGGUCAGGACAAUGCCUGUCUAGUCAGAUGCCAGAACGGCGCUAGAGCUGGGCCUUUCGGUGGGGUCGUUCCGGUCCAGAGUAAGAUGCCUCGGAAUACCUACCUACCUAGGUACCCAUUGAUAAUUAGCUGGCUGACGUUGUGUGCAGUAUCCAACUCGACUUCAACUAAUAAUACACGCCGAAGCACCUCUCGCGUCACGAGGAAGAGCGCGAUAUUUUCUGCUUAGCUACUCUGUCUACGUCCAAGUAAUCGUCCAGAGCAGAGUUUGGGGAAAGCUAUUUGACGCUAAUACGGGCCUGAGUCCUGCACGCUCAUUCUUUGGGAUUGGUAUGGUCGUUCGGGGGCUUGAGAUAGAUAAUCGUAGAGGUAGUAAUAGACUGGUUGAAAGGGUAUCCCUGAUUUCGUGAUGAGAAGAGGAAGUGGUUUCUGAUAUCCCGAUUGGAUGGUAGCUACGAAAUUCUCUCGGACCCUUUGGGAAUGAUCAGAACAGGUAGCAGCGUAGUAUUGGAUGGUACAGGGGCUUGAUGCCCGAUGACGUGCAGCUGGAAGUUUACAUCGUAAGCUUCAAUGCCUUCCCAUCCCUUCCUAUGUCACAAUCGUUUAUUGUACCAUACAUUCUACAGAAGUUAUCUAGAUCUACCACGACAAUCUAUGAUCCC